AAGAUACUGAAACUACUACUACUACACCCUCUGAAAAAGUGGUACAUAAGAAAAAGAAGUAUCAUCAUCACAAGUACCCCGUUGUAGAAGAUACUGAAACUACGCCCUCUGAAAAAGUGGUACAUAAGAAGCAUUAUUACAAGAAACACAAGAAAUCAACUUGCACUACAACGCCCAAAGUAGAAGUAACUACCUGCACUACAACGCCCGAAGUAGAAGCAACUACUUGCACCACUACAACGACCGCAACGACCGCAACAACAACUACUUGCAAAUCAAAGAAGAAGCAUCACUAUAAAAAGCCCGGCGAAGUAGAAGCAGAAAAAGAGGGAACAAAAUAUGUAAAGAAAUAUAAGAAAGUUCCACACUACACGACUGUAGAGUCAUAUGAAGUAGAGAAAUAUACUAAAUGUGUUCCAAAGGUUGUAGCAACUACUGUUCCUACUUAUAAGGUUAAGAAGUAUUACGUAAAAGAAUCUUAUAAAAAGAAAGAAAAAUAUGAAGAAUCUCCUGAGGUAGAAAGCGAUGUUGAAAAAAAAGAAUCUCCUGAGGUAGAAAGUGAUGUUGAAACAAAAGGAUCUCCUGAGGUAGAAAGCGAUGUUGAAACAAAAGGAUCAUCAAAGAAACACAAGAAAAAGUAUGAGGAAGAUGAGGAAGAUGAGAAACACAAGAAAAAGUAUGAGGAAGAUGAGGAAGAUGAGAAACACAAGAAAAAGUAUGAGGAAGAUGAGGAAGAUGAGAAACACAAGAAAAAGUAUGAGGAAUAUGAGGAAGAUGAGAAACACAAGAAAAAGUAUGAGGAAGAUGAGGAAGAUGAGAAAGUAGAAGAUACUGAAGAAACAACUGAAAAAUCAUCUGGAUCCAAGAAAUAUAAGAAAGUUGAAUAUGAAGUAGAAGGCGGAUAUGAGAAACAUUACCACCAUAAACAUCACCAUAAAAAUUACUACACCAUAUCAAAGAAACAUGGUGUGCCGUAUUACCCAAAGCAUCACCCAAAGCAUUACCCAAGACCUCACCCAGAACCUCAUCACCUAGAACCUCAUCACCCAGAACAUCAUCACCCAGAACCUCAUCACCCAGAACCUCAUUACCCAGAACCUCAUAGGCCUUGCACCACCACCACCACAACUACUAAAUCUGUGUGCACUACCACCCCACCACCACCAAAACCCACCUGUACUAAGAAUUCUCCCCCGCCACCACCACCAAAACCCACCUGUACGAAGGAAAUCCCCAUGUAA